UCGAAUAUCAGCAAACUCAUACCAAAUACAAUGAUGAAGCUUAUGCGUUUUGGCUGAGCUAUUGCCAAGAGGCAGACUGGCCAAUUAGCCAGCCUGUUCCUUUACCAGAAUGGGGUAGCUCAAGACCACCUCAUGUAAUCAACUCUAUCGAGGAAUACGAAGAGUUGAUUCAAAAAUUUGAAAAUGAAUUACAAACUUUGUUAAAAACUAACAAUUAUGAUUCAGUAACCAAUUUCAUCAAAUUUUACAAUCUUUAUGAAAAUGAAAAGCAGUCAUUGGAAGAUUUUUUUAGAGAAUAUAAACCACCUUUAACUAAAGAUGCAAAUACUUGUGUUGGACUUGCUCUAUUAUUAAUUGGAAAAUUAGCAUUACUUGAUGAAUUUUUUCCUGGUGUAAAAGAAUGUUUGUACUUAGUGUCUUGUGAAGAAUCUAUACAAAGUCAUGAAGGUUACAUAAGUAAUGAUUAUCCAGAUCCUUGGGUGAGUGAUAAAGAACAUGUUAUGGUUGCUUUACAAAUUGAAUUAGCUGGACGAGGUGGAAUUAUACUCUUGGAUCCAGGUUAUCAAAUUGGUAGAGUUAUAACAGUUAUGAAUGACCAAAAGUAUCCACAUACAGGUCGAUUUGUCCCACCAUCAUGUCCAAGAAAAGAAUAUUGUUAUAAAACAGUGGUGGGUGGUAAAUAUGUACAAUGGUCAGUUUGGAAUGGAUCUCCUGAACCAGAUACUAAUUUAGUUUAUGUUGGGGCCUCUUAUCAUUCUCCAAUUAGUGUUACCGAACGUCGAAACUUGGUUUACAAUUUUAGAAGUUUGCUAGCAACAAAUGAAACAGGACAAUUGUUGGCUGGUGUUUAUUUCAAAGUAGCAUACCAAUCAACAUUCACCAUAUUUUGUGAUGAUGAAGGAAAUCCAAGUAUUAAGCAUCGGAUUAAAUUACCAUCAACAACAUUUCUGUCACUAAGUAAUAUUGAACCAGACAUUGAAAAAAUAAUUAAUCAAUGUAGCAAGUAUCUAAAAAUAUCUAAAACGAAAUUUUGGAACAUACUAACAAUUCUGGCACACAUUUUAGAAGAUCAAGAAUUUGUUGAAAAUACAUGUAAAAUCAAUAAAGAUAUUUGGCAACUUGUUGGUUAUGAAGUUGAUGAAAAUAACAAUACUGAAGGCAUUUGCAACUAUAAUUUAUCCGGAUAAUUCUUCUUAAAUUUAAAUCUAUAUAUAUAUAUUUUUUUUUUUAUUAUGAUUUCUUUAUUAUAAAUUAUAUUUUUAAUUAUACAUUCUUAGAAAUA